AUGGCGCAAGGGGAUGGCAAGUCAUGCGACGGCAACGCCAAAGAGAACCGGGAAUGUAUGAAGAACGAUUGCCCGGUUGACUGCUUGUGGGCUGACUGGUCGAAAAACUCGGCAUGCAGCUCAACCUGUGGUCCAGGCGCAAAGACCAGGACCCGCGGAUUUCGACAGGUGGCCGAGUUCGGCGGUGCCCAGUGUGUGGGAAACACUACCCAGAUAUCAGAAUGUAAUCUGGGCGACUGCCCCAUCGAUUGUGACUACGCUGAUUGGGACCCGUGGGGCGGAUGCUCGAAGUCCUGUGGUGGCGGGACCCGUAAACGCUUCCGAAGCGUGGCAGUUCAGCCAAGCGCAGACGGCAAGCCCUGCGAAGAGAUGGGGUCCGAUAUGGAGGAGACUGUCUGCGGGCAGAACACCUGCCCAGUGGAUUGCGUGCUGACGGACUGGGGCUUGUGGGAGCUCUGCGACGUCAGCUGCGGCACGGGCACCACGAGACGAGCCCGGUCGGUCCAGGUCUAUGCGAGCUACGGCGGCCUUGCGUGCGAUAGUCUGUCAGAAAACAAGAGCUGUGACACCGGCGUGUGCCCGGUCGAUUGCCAGCUCAGCGACUGGAGCGAGUGGAGUCCCUGCGACCGCUCCUGCAAGACGGACGCAGAGCCUGGUAGCCGAAAGCGUUUCAGAACCGUAGUGGAGCAGGGCAACGAGCUUGGGAAGCCCUGCCCCGCAAACCAGACGUCCCGCAUGCAAACGGGCAUCUGCAGCCUCCACCAGUGCCCGACAGACUGCAAGCUCUCUGAUUGGACGCCAUGGCGUCUCCUGCGGGCCGGGCAUUGCAGAGCGGUCUCGCGGGGUGCAGGCAGAAGCUUCAGGGACCCGGAGGAAGACAAUUUUUUCGAGAAAAUCCUCUUCUUUGCGUGGCCCCGUGAGGUGGCGGCCAGCUUCGGCGGCCGGGAGUGUGCCGGCGUGGAUCGGACCUACGAGACCAAGUACUGUAGCGUAGACACCUGCCCCGUAGACUGCCAGUGGAAUGCCUGGGCCGCAGAGCACAACGCCAUGUCACCCGAUGGCUACAUGGGAAGUGACCUUUUUCGACCCGGGUUGGCCAAGUUGCUUCGGCAACGUCGGCAACCGUAUGCCACUCCACGUCUCCACGUGGUUCUUCUGCUUUCCGAGGUGCAGACGCCCAUGAUUGUGAAGGCGGAUAUUCGCAAGAGCGGGACUGUAACCUGCGUUUCUGCCCGCUUCACUGCUCGCCGGGGAGCCCGGACUGGAGUGACUGGGGCAGCUGCAGCACCAGCUGCGGUGAUGGAGUCCAAAGGAACGGUGGACGGAAAACAAGCCACGAGCUUCUUCAUUGCAGACAUGCUUUUCAUGUACUUAUCUUCUAUGCAGUUGGCAUUCCAUCACAUCUUGAGGUUGAUGCACCUACCUUGCAUUCACGUAGUCUUGGUACUGCGUAAGAUCGCCGUGCUGUCAACAUUGCAGCGGAGCCGGUUUGCUCCCCGUGAGCUUUCUUCGAUCCAGGGCAACCGGCGACGGCAGUGGAACUACCACGACUACGACAUGGCCGAGAAGGACAACGAAGAUAAACGUGUUCCAUGCUUUGAUGGGCGUCUGGACCAGUAUCGCGAUUAUAGGAAGCGAGCUUUGUUGUACUACCAUGGCCUGGAAGACAGCAAGCAAUCCUUGGCAGCUCCCCGUUUGAUAGCAAAUCUGUCAGGGUCUGCUUUCGAGUGCUUCCGGGAAAAGGAUCCCGGGACUUACCGAAAUGACUCGGGUGUGAGUAGCGUGCUUGCUGUCCUCGAUUCGCGGUUCCAGUUCACGCCAGAACAGGAGCUUUCUGAUUGGUUAGAGAACUUGCUUUACAGGAUGAGGAGAAGACGUGGUGAGGAGACGACAGCCUUUACCACACGUUUCGAAACAACUGUUGCCAAGGUCGAGGAUCUUAUCUCUUCAGAGCAGCGAUUGGCAUCGGUGGCUGCCUUGGAAGAAGGUGCCGAGGCACCAGCAGCGCCCAUAGCACCGAUCCCUCCUUCAGAGCCACCAGCAGUAGAGCCUUUUUCAUUCCCAGAAGUUGUGAAGGGUUUCCUUUAUCUUCGGCGCGUUGGAAUAUCUUUGCAAACAAGAGCAAGCCUUCUGCGUUCUUCAGGGGGGUCUUUGAGAUACGAUCGUGUGGCAGAGCUGCUUCGGAAGACUGAGUUGGAUGCCAUGGUUGCGUCAAGGUUCGCAGCAGUCAAUGAGAGCAGCUUCUUGGCAGACCUCCAGGAAGAUGGCUAUGACGACCCCAACGAUGUCGAUGACAAGUGGUCCGAAGACGACGGCUACGACGACGAGGACUUCGGUGGCUUCGCCGAGGGCGGUGAGACAGAGGACGAUGACGACGAGAAUGAUCUUGAAGAAGGCGAUGAAGACUAUGACACCGCCAUGUUGGGGUACCUGGAAGCCAGACAGAAGCUUCUAGCGCUACGCAAGGCGAGAGGUUUCAAGGAGCCUGGCGACCAGGCCACGAGCCACAAGAACUCAGGAUCCGGGAAGUCUCGACCAGGACACCGUGAACAGUCUCGUGAAGGGGACGUCCUCGGCAAAAGACUCCUCCUCCUCCAGGGCGAGAUCGACGACCAAAAGGCCCUCCGUCAGAUGAAAGCUAAGCUAGAUUGUGAGCGUGAUGUUUUGGAGGUCCCAGGGAUUGGCGCAGUGAAGUUGACAACAAAUCAAGUUGGCCAUUACCUUCUGCCACUUUUCCAAUUCGGCUACCAUACUGCCGAGGACCCCAGUUUUGCAACGGAAGGGGAGUACGAGAAUCUGACCAGGCCGCCUGGCUUGGUAAGAGCUGCGCAGAUUGGAUACAAGGCCAGAGUGGUCAGGCGACCACCGCCGGCGCUGAGCGGGCAUGAUGUCUGGACUUUUGCGCUGUCCUUUAAUAGCAAGGAUAGAGUUUUGGGCACCGUUAUGGAUUGGGCACCAUGUCACGCUUGCAGCGGAAAGGUCCUGGAAAACCAUGACAGCGAAGCUCACAUGUUCCUGUUCGUGUUUGCAUCUAGGCCGAAUGUGGAUGCCAGCAUGUUACCAUCAUUCCCAGACAUGAACAUGACUGCCAAGGUGCCUGAGGGUCCCCGAGACGUAAAGACAGUUUUCCUGCUGAUGGACGAUAGGAAGCAUGAGUUUAACGGUCUUCGGGCACGUAAUUUCCAAUUGCCCCCAAGGGAUAGUGGCAUAGCCCCCUCGGAGUUGAAGACACUGCUUGAAGAAUAUGAUUUCAGUGCACGUGCGGCGUGUGUACGUGAUGGUCAGGGUGAUUGCACUGUCCCUUCCAGAAGUGCAGUGGGUUUUAAGCAGCAAGCCCUGGUUGCAGAGACACAUGUUGUGCGUUGCACACUUGAUCAAGCGAUUUCAGAUACUGAGCAGUGUGCCUUUGACGACAGUGACGCCUACGAAAGCUGCACUGAGGGUGAAGAUGACGACUGGGUUCUUCCGCGGCAAAUGCGACCACCAACUGGCCCCAGAGAGUUCGGAAAGGUCCUUCAGAUCAACACCCAGAGCCAGCAGGUGACGUACUUCCCGCUGAAGGAUUGCCAGAGAACCUUUCUUCCUGCACCGCCCGGCUUCAAGGACGGCGACUUGGUUCAGGACGCUGGCGCUCCAGACCACAUCAUCGACAAGGUGGGCACGAUCAAGUACCCAUUGAACAUCCGCAAGGUGCAGGUCGGUGAAGUGAUGAUGGAGAAGUCCCAGCAAGCGGGGGCACUGAGUGGUGCUGGAUCGACACCCCCGUUGGGGAUAGCGAAGACGGUCGUCAAGGGUGUGAUCAACAGCAGUGCAGCGAGCCCUCCGACGGCUACAGCAUCGCAUGGACCAAUGAGCGCGGCGGCUAUGGUGCCAGGGCAACCGCUGCUGUGGCGCCAGCUUAUGUGGGACCUUUGCAUCAUCCCAGUGCGGCUGCUACCAAUGACUACAACCAUGAACCAUCAGCCUUCGAACAUGGUUCCUCCUAUCACGGAGCGGAUGGCCCCGCUGGAGAAGGAGUCCGACUCGGCAAUGAUCUCCCGAGAAUUGCAGGCAGAGAUUGCUCGAUUGGAGAUGGAGGCCAGUGACCGCAUCCCGCGGCCCAACAUACGAUCCCGAUGGCUCCGAUGGAUGGGAGCUUUCGGCCUUGCUGUGAUGACUGCGCACGUUGCUCAGGAGACUUGCUGCCUUCCCCAGUUCCGGCAUGACGGAAGUUUGGAUUUGCCGGAGUGUUGGAAGGCAGUGAAAGUCGAUUUCUCCCGGCGGGCCACCAGGUCUGAGCUGAGGCGUUGGCUGGGUAUUGAGCCUAGGAACGUUUCAUUACUUGCGGGCGAUGUUGACACAGGUGUGGACAGCAGUUCUGAUGAGCCACAUUUUGAUGAGCAAUGCGAGCAGUGGUUGAAUCGUUCUAGUAGUGGCUGUGGAAACCACUUCGGAUCGUUUGAGUCAGGCGUGGCCGGCCAGCAGACCUUCCAAGAAAUGAAACACGCUCGAGGGAUUGACGUCCGUAAUGGGCGACCCAGCUCGGCAGAGCUGGAGUCUGAACACGAUAAAUUUGAGGAUCAACUGGUGUUGGAGCCGCAAACAGACUAUGAACCUUUACCACAAGCUCCUUUCACACCUGCUCCCGGUACUCCUGGACCAGCAACCCCAGCACCUGGUACGCCGGUCCCUGGCGCUCCAACACCGGGUACUCCUCGGCCAGUGCGUCCGGAACUGGUGUCAGCUCCUCCUGCCCUUGACGAGCACUCGACCACAGAGUCCAGAGAUCAUGAGUAUUCAGGGCUUUCUCUGGGUUUGGAGUUUGAUGUUGACAUUGAGGAGAUCCAAGAUGAGAACUCUAUCAGGUACAUUCUUCAGGAGAUGUGUUUAAACGCUACAGCUAUGAAGAAACGAGGCGCGGAAGUAGUGGAAAGAUAUCUCAAUCCUGAAGAGAAGGAAAUGUUCCGAACAGCAAAACGAGCAGAGUGGAGCCAAUGGAUAGGAAACGAAGUCGUUGAGCUUAUUAGCCGGAAAGGAAUUGAUCCAAAGCGGGUGAUUAGUUGUAGGAAGCUGAAGACUGUCAUGCCUUGUGCGUGGCUCAAGUGCACAGGAGUCCAAGGAACGGUGGCGCUGCGCAGGCAGCUCAAGGAGGGUCAGUCAGACCCGGAAGACCGCCGCUCACAGGUGGGUUCGCCCUUCUUGGUGCUCAAGGGUUUUGUGGUUGCAGUUGGGCAGGUCCGUGUUUCCUCUGUGUUGGAGUACCUUGUGGCCUCCCAUCUGGUUGUAGUGGCCUCGCUUGAGAGAAGUGGCCUAAUCACUGGCUCGAUGCUUCGGAGCUUGGAGCACCUCUUCAAGAUCAAGGAGGACUUCAUUCGAAAACACUUCGGCGGAGAACAGUCCGAAGCUGGAAGCCACGAGGACACCGUGCCACGAUCCAGGCGGCCAGAGCUCUACAAGCAGUUCUUCAGGAGCUACUGCCCGAUCCACCGGAGCGUCUUCGAACUGAAGCUGCUCUACGUGGCGCUCAGUGGUCCUGCCAAGGAGGCGGUGCAAAGCCUUUCUGUAGGCGACCUGGUGGCGGAUGAUGGCUUAAAGAAAGUCAUCAAGGUGCUCAAGGAGGCCUUCGCGCCCUACCAGGAGACCGCUUUGCCAAGGGCGUCUGGCUACCUUCUCUACAGGCGGGCCAACCUUGACAAGGAGUCGGAGGCUAAGCUGACGAUAUGGCUCCAAGGCGACUUCUCCCUCGACGCGGUCCUGUUGAACCUCAGGAAGCUCGGCAGGGUCGCCGUGGAGAGCAAGCGCGAAUGGCCGGAGGAGGAAGAGGGCGAAGACUACUUUCCCACUUUCGAGCCAGAGCUUGAGGGCGCCUCGGCGGAAGACGGCGAAGUCAUUGAGGAAGACGACCUCAUCGAUAUCCUGGCGAGCUAUCAGGAUGUUCGCCGCGCCCUUCGGCAAAACCGCAACGCCCGUGCAUGGAUUCUAUCCUCCGGCAAGUCCAGGCUCAAAGGGCAAGGAGGGUCAAGGCAAAGGCAGCUCUUUUGGACCGGUUCCCCACCAAAAGGGGAAAGGAGGAGGAAAGCAGGGCAAGAACAAGGGCAUCACCGUACACACAAGAUGCCGGCCCUGUGGCAGGAUCGGACAUUGGUCGAAAGAAUGCCCGGCCAACACUGCUUCCCGCCAACCGAGCUCUUCGGGAAGCUCGUCGGCGGCUCCUUCUACCACGUCAUCGCCUGGCACGUGCCCGUGGGCGUCAUGAAUGUCCUCCCGUGGGUCAUCUUACCGUCAGUGUUCUUGACUUUGGCUCCGGAUGGUUUCUCCCAGAAAUUUGCAAAGGUCAUGUCCCAGAGAGUGCGUUCCGUUCUGCUCCAAGACAAGUUCAGUUCAGCGCAGAACCACCAGAGCAUGCCCGCAGCUCGAGCGCUCAAGCGACCUUGGCCACGUUCACCGGCAAGUGUCCAGGAACCAGGCGGCAGCGGCGGCAAACCGGAUGUGAUGGACCCUUUGGAUGGCAUCGUCGCAGCUUGGGGCCGAGUGUUGAAGGCGGCCUCGCCGCAAACGUUGAAGAGAUGGAUCAGCUUCCCGAACAAGUUCUCCGAGGACUUUGCGGUGGCGAAGCGCGAUGGGCUUAUUCUACGGAUAUGUGAGGACGAUUCCAGGGUGCUGGCCCUCAACGACUACAUGAUCGAGAGCACGCCUCCCUGCGCCAAGUUGCGCCUGAAGCUCGGAGAGGUGUCAGAGUUUGAAGCCUGGAAGUCUAUCGAGACGAAGCGACCGGGCCACUUGAUCAUCGAGGUCGGCAACGUGCGCAAGAAUUUUGACACGGCGCCUGAUUCUUUCAGGGGCGAGGUUCGCGUCGACAAUGCUGAGCAGGACAUGGUGCACGCAUACCCGGCGGCGCCAGAGCAGUCAGGAGACCAAGGCCAGCGCAUGCCGGAUGAGAUCGAGGUGCACGAACCUACUUCGCGGGACAAAGAGGCCAUAGCAAAGCCAGGGUACUUGCUUUGUCCAGGGCGAAGCCGCAUCUGGUCCGGUGGGCAGCUCGUGAACAUCAUUGCCCCAAGUGCGCAGCGCAUGGUGCGCCCAGCGCUUAUGCUGGUCAUUCUUGAGCUGGCGGCCUCGCUCCGAAUGGAAGGCCAGUUGGUGCAGAUCGUGAGUGGCGUCUAUGGCCUCAUAGGCAUCAUCGUCAUAGAGAUCCACGACCACCUGUGCUUCGGCUACCAGCUGCGCGACCAGCGCCUCAACAAGCUCCGGGAAAGGUUUAAGUGCGGCAAGUUUAAGAAACUCCAAGAACUGCCGGACGGCACCUCCUUCAACGGCAGGCGAAUUCAACAGGACUCUGAGUACAACAUCAGGGUCGACAUGUCCAAGUUCGUCGAGGAGCGCCUGUCUGAAGUUCACUUGGAAAGAGGCAGGAAGUCCAACUUGGACGCAGAGGCCCUUCCGGAGGAAGUCAAGAGGGUCAGGGCGGCAAUUGGCUCGUUGGCGUGGUGCGCCAAAGAAGGAUUGCUUCGUCAAGCACUGCCCAGUGCACUGCCAGUGGACCGUGGAGAGCUCAAGUGCCAGCAGACGCGAACUCGGGCCAUAGCGGUUCAGCCUGCCUACGAAGGGGACAUUUGUGAGGGCUUCGCUUCCGACAGCCGGCCUUGCGAGAGCUUACCGGUUUGUCCGACGGACUGUGAGUGGGACGUCUGGACCGACUGGGAGGGUUGUUCCGUCACCCGCGGCACAGGAGUGUCCAGAAGGACGCGUGCCAGGAAGAAGUACGAGAAAGAUGGGGGCCACGUCUGCUGGGGGACAGAAGAUGAUGAGCAGGUUUGUUCGUUGGACGCCUGUCCUGUCGAUUGCACCAUGGGAGAUUGGUCCCAGUGGUCAUCAUGCUCUGUGACGUGUGGACAAGGCUCCCAGACACGGCUUCGUGGGAUUCGGCUCGGCCCGGCCAAUGGCGGGCAGGCGUGUGACCGCAAGCUGAACGAAACGAUGACCUGUGACUUGGGCAUUUGUCCAGUGGACUGCCAGUGGUCGAAUUGGGAAGCCUGGACUGCCUGCAGCCGCAGCUGCAAUGGCGGCUCCUACACGAGGAAGCGCCUGGAGAAGGUGGCAGCGGUGCACGGCGGCAAGGCGUGUUCUGGUGCUGCGGAUGAAGAUGGUGUCUGCAAUGUGCAAGGCUGUCCUGUGGAUUGCAAGUGGGUGCCCUGGAGCGACUGGUGCGGCUCUGAGAUCCGACUCUGUUUCCUCUCAAGAGUGCUCUUCUUCACAGGGGAAGCUGCUCGGCUUCUUGCGGUGGUGGCAAGAGGAGGGAGCCAGACAAGAGUUGUGGAGAUCGCGCCGCAGUGGGGUGGUUUGGAGUGUGAGACCAACGAGGAGGGCAGCCCCCUGACCGAAAAGACAGAGAGCUGCAACGAACAGCCCUGCCCGGUGGACUGCCAGUGGUCCAGCUGGACCAAGUUCUCGCUGUGCUCCAAGACCUGUGAAGCUGGUACCAUGUCCCGGACACGCAGCAAAGAACCCUUGGAGGCCAAUGGUGGCAAGCCCUGUAGCGGCGAUGCGGAGGAGUCCAACUUCUGCAACACACAGGGUUGCCCAAGGGACUGCCAGUGGAGUGAGUGGACCAAGUGGACCCAGUGCUCCAAGCUCUGUGGCGGUGGCAAGAUCAAGCGGUUCCGCGACGUUGCCAUCCCCAGGAAGAACGGCGGAGAGCCCUGUGUCGGACAAGGAGAGCAGGAAGCAGACUGCAAUGUGAUCGAGUGUCCCAUUGCAUGCGAGUGGGAGGAGUGGUCGGACUGGAGCGCUUGCCCGGUGACCUGUGAUGGGGGCGUUCGAGUGAAGACGCGGCAGAAGAGGCAGCGCGAGCACAGUGGUGGCAUUCCGUGUGCGGGCAACAACACGGAGAGGGCGUUCUGCAACUCCGACCCUUGCCCGGUGGAUUGCAGCUUUGGCCUGUGGGAGGACUGGGGCGACUGCUCCACCAGCUGCGGCUUGGGGCAGCGGUUCCGCACUCGUGUCAAGUCUGCAGAGCUCUACGGUGGCAGGCCAUGCGAGGAGGCCAUGAUCGAGACCGGAGCAUGUGGUAGUGCCAACGAGACGGCUGGCUGCCCACUCUUCACUCUGCCUCCCACUACCACGUCUGUAGAAGCCAAGAAGGAUGACUGGGGGCCAAGUGGUACAGGUGGUCCCUACAACCCCUCCGUGCACGGGCAGCAGCAUGACGUCCCGCACCCUGAUGAUCUGCUAAAGAACUUCAGCGUCGUGAAGGACCCGAAGGGAGUUCCCACCACGACUGAGACAACCACGGCCACCACCAGCCCGGUGCCAUCGGUGCCUUGCACGAAGGAUCAGCUCAAGGCCGCCUUGAAAAAGUACGAUGAAUCGGCCACAAAGAGCAUUGACGAGGUGAUCGAAGACCUCACCGGCCACAAGCCCAAGAAGGAUGCAGAGGUCAUCGAAGCCAAGGAAGCCCAGGAUCGAGUGGAGCGGCUCCAGAACGUCUCGGAGGCCUCGGAGGCUGUGCAGAAGGUGACUCAGAAGGCUUUGCAGGCCGUGGCAGACAGCCCGCAGAAGGCGAAAGCCGUCGAGGCUGUGAUGAACGCCUCGUUGUCGCCCGAGCUGACGAGCCUCUCUGAGAUCUUGGAGGUACUGCGGGCCAUGCCCCGAAGCCCAGCCAUUGACAUGCUCAUCGCCAACAUCACGGCCCACCUGCAGGACGAGAGGCUGAACAUGACCGCCGCGGAGGCCAUCAAAGGCUCCCCGCAGCAGUUGGAUAGCUAUCUGGUGGAGCGGGCUCGUCAGCUCAUUGACGACGCCAUGAAGGCCUCCGACCAGUCCGUUGGCUCCAAAGGUGAGAAUUUGGAGCUUAUGAGGAACCUCUCAGCCGCUGCCGCUGCCGCCCCCAUGACGGAGGACUCCAAAGACUUCACGGUACCCUUCUUCACAGAGGACGGCAGACAGGUGCUGGCGGAAGUGGCUGGCGACUUGGCUUUGUCUGUGACCGAUGCUGACCGUUUCGUGUCCAGCUCUGUGGUGAAAACGGCGAUGAAAAAGGCCGUGGCGGCACUGGCAAUUGUCGACGCUUCCACGGUGAAGGUGGACCUGACGAUCCCGAAGGCGAUCCUUUUGGCAACCUGGCGGCGCAGAGCCAAUGGAAAUGUCGACGUGGCCUACCUCAUUGAGGUAGUCCCUGGGUCCCCCUCGGCAGCAAGCAUCUCGGAGACCAUCUCCAAGCAGGACAUCAACACAGUGACCGGCCAGAUCCGUGGCCAGCUGGAGCUCCUGGGAGCCAACUUCACGGUGCGCGCCACGAGCCUGAGCGUCACCAUCUUGCCCGUGAGUGACCUGGGCGGCAUGGGCGGUGCGCAGGCCGCCAUGGAGAAGGUGUCCACGGCAGCCGCGACGGCGGCUGAUGUGCAGCGCCACAAUUCCUCAGUGCAGGACGCGAAGGUGGAGUCCCCAGCCGAUGGCAAGGUUCCUGCAGCACCAGAUGCUCCCGUUGUCGUGGAGACAGCCCAGCAAGUGGCCCAAGCUGCAGCGAGUAUGGCUGCCGACGAGCAGUCCAACGACGACGAUGAGUCGGAUUUGCCGAAGGGCCAUGCAGCUCAGCAUGGCUGCUGGCUUUGGUAUCUCCUCUUCGCCCUUUGGCUUGCGGGCCUGAGACGAUAA